CCCCGUCACCGCGCCCAUCAGAAAGGAGACGAGGGCUGUGGAUGGAGGGAAUCAGGUCCCUUCUCAUGUAACUACUCUUUGUUCCCAAAAGAGACCGCUCCUGGUUUGAUAGAAGAAAAGAGAGGUUCGAGCUUUCUCUCCCGUUUUUCGAAAGAAAAUUAGAACACUACUUUAUAUUUUGGGCAGACAUGGGCUGGGUUGUAGGUGGGUUAGGUUUAGGGUAGAUAUGGGCUGGGUUGUAGGUGUGUUGGGUUUGGUAAUUCGUUGCUGAGUUAGCUGGCUUGCUGUUCUUAUUUCUAAGACGUUAUGGCUAAGCAAUAUGAUGUGCUCUUCCGACUCCUGCUUCUCGGUGAUUCGGGGGUUGGGAAAACAUGUUUAUUAUGCAGAUUCACGGACAACGAAUUUCACCCGUCUCACAUCUCCACAAUCGGAGUCGAUUUUAAAAUGAAGACACUGGAGAUAGAUGGCAUCAAAGUUAGGAUACAGAUAUGGGACACAGCAGGACAGGAGAGAUAUCAGACCAUCACUAAGCAGUACUACAGACGAGCACAGGGAAUCUUCCUGGUUUAUGACAUCACAAGUGAGCGAUCCUUCCAGCACAUCAUGAAAUGGGCCAGCGAUGUGGACGAGUAUGCUCCUGAUAACAUCCAGAGGAUCCUCAUAGGGAACAAGUCAGACGAGGAGGAGAAGAGGCAGGUAGCUACAGAACAGGGCAACAAGCUGGCCAAGGAUUAUGGGAUGGACUUCUUUGAGACAAGUGCCUUCACCAACCAUAACAUAACAGAGUCCUUCACUCGAUUGGCUGAGCAGGUCCUGUCGGCCAAUAAGAAGGACCUGGACCUCCUGAGGGCGUCGGUCACAGACGAGCUCAACCUCACCGCUCUGGAGGAGGAGGAGGGCAUCACAGACGGGCCCGCCACCUCACAGAAGAGCUGCUGGUGUUAAGGGCCUGGUCAAAAGUAGGGAACUAUAUAGGGAAUAGGGUGAGAAAAGUAGGGAACUAUAUAGGGAAUAGGGUGAGAAAAGUAGGGAACUAUAUAGGGAAUAGGGUGAAAAAGUAGGGAACUAUAUAGGGAAUAGGGUGAGAAAAGUAGGGAACUAUAUAGGGAAUAGGGUGAGAAAAGUAGGGAACUAUAUAGGGAAUAGGGUGAGAAAGGUAGGGAACUAUAUAGGGAAUAGGGUGAGAAAAGUAGGGAACUAUAUAUAGGGAAUAGGGUGAGAAAGGUAGGGAACUAUAUAUAGGGAAUAGGGUGAGAAAAGUAGGGAACUAUAUAGGGAAUAGGGUGAGAAAAGUAGGGAACUAUAUAGGGAAUAGGGUGAGAAAAGUAGGGAAUAGGGUGAGAAAAGUAGGGAAUAGGGUGAGAAAAGUAGGGAACUAUAUGAGGAAUAGGGUGAGAAAAGUAGGGAACUAUAUAGGGAAUAGGGUGAGAAAAGUAGGGAACUAUAUAGGGAAUAGGGUGAGAAAAGUAGGGAACUAUAUAGGGAAUAGGGUGAAAAAAGUAGGGAACUAUAUAAGGAAUAGGGUGAGAAACAUAGGGAACUAUAUAGAGAAUAGGGUGAGAAAAGUAGGGAACUAUAUAUUUUAAUUUUUAAUUUUAAUUUUACCUUUAUUUAACCAGGCAAGUCAGUUAAGAACACAUUCUUAUUUUCAAUGAUGGCCUAGGAACAGUGGGUUAACUGCCUGUUCAGGGGCAGAACGACAGAUUUGUACCUUGUCAGCUCGGGGGUUUGAACUCGCAACCUUCUGGGAAUAGGGUGAGAGAAGUAGGGAACUAUAUAGGGAAUAGGGUGCCACUUCUCCUUAUGUAAGGACUGGAUCUGGCUGCGUCUUGAAUCACACCCUAUUCCUUAUGCGAGCUCUGCUUGAAAGUAGUGCACUUUGUUCGGGAAUAGAGUGACAAAAGUGAUGCCCUUUGUAGGGAAUAUGGUGGGGGGGGGGGUGAUACUUCUCGUAGCUGAUUGCCUUUCUUCCAUUGUAGGUGGUGUACUGGUGUUUGAUAGGUUUUUACCAAUGAUGUAUGUAAACCCUGGAUUGCUAAUGCUAUGUAUUGGCCAAUGAGAUGCUUUGAAGUCACCGGUCGGCCAUAUUGGCUCUCCUCAGAAAAGCAGUCCUCUGGGAAUUAAUGGAAUUAUACAGUAUUUCAUUGAAAUACUUCAAGGACAAAAUUACAUGUAUUUUAGCUCACACAAUAUUAUUUAAAAGUAUGCUUUAAGUUGUCUGUAAUAGAAUAAAUGUGGCAAAAACAAAUAUAGACAUUUAUAAAUGCGUUUCUAUAUCUUCCUAGGUCAUUUUUUUACACUGGUGGGGGAGUACCAAGAUGGAGGCGCGGUGGCUUCAAAACAGUGCCCUUUUAUCAGUCAUCUAGUGUAUAUAGAAAGCAUAGUGGUUUUUCAUGGUAUUUUGCAUUGUAGUUCAUAGAUUUCGGCACCAGACGGUGCUACUGAUACAUGCUGCGUUGCUAUAUGAAGCCGAAACACUGCAGAGCUGUUGAUGAAGGGGUCACGACACAUUGCACACACUGUUCUACUGUAGUGAGUCUCAAAUCACACCUUAUUCCCUUCAUAGUACACUGCUUGGCUCUGCUCAGACCUACUGCACUAUAGGGGAUAGGGUGUCGUUUUGUAGUGCAGACAAUGUUCCGUUUAGUUUUAGCUUUACAAGCUUUACAAAUCUCAAUACAACUUUCCAUGAUCAUGUACAUUAGUUUAAUGUUAGUUUAAACCUAUGAGCAUUAACAAGGCCUGGAAAAAGGUGUUGACUUUUAAUUUUCGAUGCUCUAGAAAUAUUGCAUCUGUGAUUGUAUCUAUGAUGACAUAUUUAGUUUGCUUCAGGUUUACGACAUAUUAUCCACUAGAUAGCUGCUGUUUCCGGAGUAGCCCAUCGAAUGGAAACCUAGAAACGUAUCAUCCACACUAGCAAAGGACCAGCAAGAGAUUUGUCAUGUGUCCGACGUCCGUCCUCAUCUUCUUCUGUCUUGCAACUUCAACGAAGUGAAUUAUUUAACUGUUCAUGAUACCCCCUGUAUCCCUCGUUUAGCCUUUUGACCAGAUUGGCUAUAGGAACUUAUCAUAGGACUGACCUCGACUGUCUGCAGCUACUGACUCAAUGUUACUACCACUACUGUCAAAAACUACUGUUUGUGUGCAAGUGAUAAUAAGGUAUGUCGUUUUGAAUGAAAUACAGGACUAUGAUCUCUAAUGGUGAAAUACAGGACUAUGAUCUCUGAUACAGGUGAAAUACAGGACUAUGAUCUCUGAUACAGGUGAAAUACAGGACUAUGAUCUCUAAGGGUGAAAUACAGGACUAUGAUCUCUAAUGGUGAAAUACAGGACUAUGAUCUCUGAUACAGGUGAAAUACAGGGCUAUGAUCUCUAAGGGUGAAAUACAGGACUAUGAUCUCUAAUGGUGAAAUACAGGACUAUGAUCUCUGAUACAGGUGAAAUACAGGACAAUGAUCUCUAGAUACAGGACUAUGGUCUCUGAUACAAGUGAAAUACAGGACAAUGAUCUCUAGAUACAGGACUAUGAACUCUAAGGGUGAAAUACAGGACUAUGAUCUCUAAUGGUGAAAUACAGGACUAUGAUCUCUAGAUACAGGACUAUGAACUCUAAGGGUGAAAUACAGGAAUAUGAUCUCUAAUGGUGAAAUACAGGACUAUGAUCUGUAAUGGUGAAAUACAGGACUAUGAUCUCUAAGGGUGAAAUACAGGACUAUGAUCUCUAAUGGUGAAAUACAGGACUAUGAUCUCUAAUGGUGAAAUACAGGACUAUGAUCUCUAAUGGUGAAAUACAGGACUAUGAUCUCUAAGGGUGAAAUACAGGACUAUGAUCUCUAAGGGUGAAAUACAGGACUAUGAUCUCUGAUACAGGUGAAAUACAGGACUAUGAUCUGUAAUGGUGAAAUACAGGACUAUGAUCUCUAAGGGUGAAAUACAGGACUAUGAUCUCUAAGGGUGAAAUACAGGACUAUGAUCUCUAAGGGUGAAAUACAGGACUAUGAUCUCUAAGGGUGAAAUACAGGACUAUGAUCUCUAAUGGUGAAAUACAGGACUAUGAUCUCUAAUGGUGAAAUACAGGACUAUGAUCUCUAAUGGUGAAAUACAGGACUAUGAUCUCUGAUACAGGUGAAAUACAGGACUAUGAUCUGUAAUGGUGAAAUACAGGACUAUGAUCUCUAAGGGUGAAAUACAGGACUAUGAUCUCUAAGGGUGAAAUACAGGACUAUGAUCUCUAAGGGUGAAAUACAGGACUAUGAUCUCUAGAUACAGGUGAAAUACAGGACUAUGAUCUGUGAUGAUGAAAUACAGGACUAUGAUCUGUGAUGGUGAAAUACAGGACUAUGAUCUGUAAUGGUGAAAUACAGGACUAUGAUCUCUAAGGGUGAAAUACAGGACUAUGAUCUCUAGAUACAGGUGAAAUACAGGACUAUGAUCUGUAAUGGUGAAAUACAGGACUAUGAUCUGUGAUGAUGAAAUACAGGACUAUGAUCUGUAAUGGUGAAAUACAGGACUAUGAUCUCUAAGGGUGAAAUACAGGACUAUGAUCUGUAAUGGUGAAAUACAGGACUAUGAUCUGUAAUGGUGAAAUACAGGACUAUGAUCUGUGAUGAUGAAAUACAGGACUAUGAUCUCUAGAUACAGGUGAAAUACAGGACUAUGAUCUCUAAUGAUGAAAUACAGGACUAUGAUCUCUAAGGGUGAAAUACAGGACUAUGAUCUCUAAUGGUGAAAUACAGGACAAUGAUCUCUAGAUACAGGUGAAAUACAGGACUAUGAUCUCUAAUGGUGAAAUACAGGACUAUGAUCUCUAAGGGUGAAAUACAGGACUAUGAUCUCUAAUGGUGAAAUACAGGACUAUGAUCUCUAAGGGUGAAAUACAGGACUAUGAUCUCUAAGGGUGAAAUACAGGACUAUGAUCUCUGAUACAGGUGAAAUACAGGACUAUGAUCUCUGAUACAGGUGAAAUACAGGACUAUGAUCUGUAAUGGUGAAAUACAGGACUAUGAUCUGUGAUGAUGAAAUACAGGACUAUGAUCUGUGAUGGUGAAAUACAGGACUAUGAUCUGUAAUGGUGAAAUACAGGACUAUGAUCUCUAAGGGUGAAAUACAGGACUAUGAUCUGUAAUGGUGAAAUACAGGACUAUGAUCUGUGAUGAUGAAAUACAGGACUAUGAUCUGUAAUGGUGAAAUACAGGACUAUGAUCUCUAAGGGUGAAAUACAGGACUAUGAUCUGUAAUGGUGAAAUACAGGACUAUGAUCUGUAAUGGUGAAAUACAGGACUAUGAUCUGUGAUGAUGAAAUACAGGACUAUGAUCUGUGAUGAUGAAAUACAGGACUAUGAUCUGUGAUGAUGAAAUACAGGACUAUGAUCUGUAAUGGUGAAAUACAGGACUAUGAUCUCUAAGGGUGAAAUACAGGACUAUGAUCUGUAAUGGUGAAAUACAGGACUAUGAUCUCUAAGGGUGAAAUACAGGACUAUGAUCUGUAAUGGUGAAAUACAGGACUAUGAUCUGUAAUGGUGAAAUACAGGACUAUGAUCUGUGAUGAUGAAAUACAGGACUAUGAUCUGUGAUGAUGAAAUACAGGACUAUGAUCUGUGAUGAUGAAAUACAGGACUAUGAUCUGUGAUGAUGAAAUACAGGACUAUGAUCUGUAAUGGUGAAAUACAGGACUGUGAUCUGUGAUGAUGAAAUACAGGACUAUGAUCUGUAAUGGUGAAAUACAGGACUAUGAUCUGUGAUGAUGAAAUACAGGACUAUGAUCUCUAAGGGUGAAAUACAGGACUAUGAUCUGUGAUGAUGAAAUACAGGACUAUGAUCUGUGAUGAUGAAAUACAGGACUAUGAUCUCUAAGGGUGAAAUACAGGACUAUGGUCUGUGAUGAUGAAAUACAGGACUAUGAUCUCUAAGGGUGAAAUACAGGACUAUGAUCUGUGAUGGUGAAAUACAGGACUAUGAUCUCUAAGGGUGAAAUACAGGACUAUGAUCUGUGAUGGUGAAAUACAGGACUAUGAUCUGUAAUGGUGAAAUACAGGACUAUGAUCUGUAAUGGUGAAAUACAGGACUAUGAUCUGUAUGAUGAUGAAAUACAGGACUAUGAUCUGUAAUGGUGAAAUACAGGACUAUGAUCUGUGAUGAUGAAAUACAGGACUAUGAUCUGUAAUGGUGAAAUACAGGACUAUGAUCUGUAAUGGUGAAAUACAGGACUAUGAUAUGUAAUGGUGAAAUACAGGACUAUGAUCUGUAAUGGUGAAAUACAGGACUAUGAUCUGUAAUGGUGAAAUACAGGACUAUGAUCUGUAAUGGUGAAAUACAGGACUAUGAUCUCUAAGGGUGAAAUACAGGACUAUGGUCUGUGAUGAUGAAAUACAGGACUAUGAUCUCUAAGGGUGAAAUACAGGACUAUGAUCUGUGAUGGUGAAAUACAGGACUAUGAUCUCUAAGGGUGAAAUACAGGACUAUGAUCUGUGAUGGUGAAAUACAGGACUAUGAUCUGUAAUGGUGAAAUACAGGACUAUGAUCUGUAAUGGUGAAAUACAGGACUAUGAUCUGUAAUGGUGAAAUACAGGACUAUGAUCUGUAAUGGUGAAAUACAGGACUAUGAUCUGUAAUGAUGAAAUGUAUAUCUGUGCUGUUUGAUCAUGACUACUUGAAUGACAUUUGUUGGAAAUACAUAACGAGCAACGUUGUAAUAAGAUGUUUAUUGAAUAAAUACUGGCAGAUGUAUGACUCAUCAUGCUGUGUGGUAACUUGAUGAAAUAGACGGGGGAAUAAAGGGUACGAUUGGCCACCCCUAUGUCAUGGACCAAUAGGAAUCAAUAAAGCAUGAAUUGGAUUGAAUUCGGCGCCCAAUGGCUUUCAUGAA